UCAAGUGAGCUAUGUCACACUUCAAUCAAAUUCGUAAAACAAUGUUUUUAUUGAAGACUGUUCCAAAAAAAUUACCUCUAAACCUCUGGAAAUUUCCUUACCUACCUUUCUACGUCCCUCAAAGUCGCAAUUAUGCCGAUCACAAAAUCCCAGAUCGCCUUAAAAACAUGGAAGAUGAAAGAGACCCUCAAUUUUUUGACAUGGUCGAGUUUUUCUUCCACAAGGCUUGCAUUUUGGUUGAGGACCACCUAGUCGAAGAAAUGGGGAAAAUAAAAGGGACCAAGAUACCCAUCGAACAUCGCAAAGCCCGAGUCAAGGGUAUUCUAACUUUGAUGGAACAAUGCGACUACAUCCUAGAUUUUUGUUUCCCGAUAAAGCGAGAUAACGGAAAGUAUGAGACAAUCCAAGCUUAUCGAGCCCAGCACAGCUCGCACAGAAUGCCCAUGAAGGGCGGCAUCCGCUACUCGCUCGACGUAAACAUGGACGAAGUCAAGGCUUUAUCUGCCUUGAUGACCUUUAAGUGUGCUUGCGUUGACGUGCCGUUCGGUGGAGCUAAAGCUGGGAUUAGAAUCGACGCGAAAAAAUACUCCGAGAAUGAGUUGGAGAAAAUCACGCGAAGGUUUGCGUUAGAAUUGGCCAAGAAGGGGUUCUUGGGGCCUAGUGUUGACGUCCCAGCCCCAGACAUGGCAACAGGCGAGCGGGAAAUGGCCUGGAUUGCCGACACCUACACCAAGGCGAUGGGUUACCGGGAUAUCAACAGCAAGGGAUGUGUUACGGGAAAACCCAUCAAUCAGGGAGGAAUUCACGGGCGGGUUUCCGCCACAGGAAGGGGGCUUUUCAACGGAACGGACCUCUUCAUCAACGACCCGCACUACAUGAGCUUGUGUGGCCUUACUCCAGGUUGGCAGGGCAAGACCUUCAUCGUGCAAGGGUUUGGCAACGUGGGCUUGCACGCCAUGAGAUACCUACACAGAGCUGGGGCCAAGUGCAUUGGAGUCAUUGAGAUUGACGGUGGUCUCCAUAACCCCGAAGGAAUUGACCCCAAAGACUUGGAGGAUUAUAAAUUGUCCCACGGGACCAUAGUUGGGUACCCCGGAGCUAAAGCCUUCGAUAAGGAGGCUCUCAUGUACGAACCUUGCGAUAUUUUGGUACCCGCAGCUGCGGAGAAAGCAAUUCGUAAAGACAACGCCGAUAAAAUCAAAGCUAAGGUCAUUUCUGAGGGGGCGAACGGACCCACAACUCCAGCCGCUGAUAAAAUUCUCGUUAAGAAAAAUAUUUUGGUUAUCCCCGAUUUGUACGUCAAUGCUGGAGGUGUAACAGUGUCUUAUUUCGAGUGGUUGAAAAAUAUUAAUCACGUCUCGUUCGGGAAACUGACCUUUAAGUAUGAAGAGGAUUCGAAUAAGUUGUUGCUACAGUCGGUUGAAGAGUCGCUGAAGAAGUCAAUAGGUAGUGCGGCAAGUAGAGUUGCGAUCACACCGAAUGAGGCCUUCAGACAACGAAUGGCAGGCGCGUCUGAGAAAGAUAUUGUCCAGUCUGGACUGCACUAUUCAAUGGAGAAAGCGGGGAAGGCUAUCAAACAAACGGCUGCGGAACAUAACUUAGGGCUGGACUUGCGAAUGGCCGCCUAUAUGAACUGCGUAUCCAAGAUUUUCUCAACUAUAAACGUAGCCGGACUUACUUUCUAAAUUUCUUUGUUCAAUGAAACGUUCUUUAAUCAGA